AUGAGCUGGAAAAAAGGGAAGGGAUACAAUGGAUUGAGUCAAGGAAGUCUUAUAAAAAACAUAUCUUGGUUUCACUUUGUUACGUUUAGUUGGGUGAGGAAUUUACUAAAGGAUAUUAAGAAAAAUGAAGAUUUUAAAUUACCAAAAAUAGAUGAAAAUACAGCUAUAGAAUAUUAUACCUACAGAUUAACAGAGAAUUUAAAAAAAGGAAAAAAAAAAAAAAAAAAUAGCUUGUCUAAUAGGUUCCUUGUUACAAAGGAUAGACCACACAGUUGUUUAUACAAACAUGAUGAUGAAUCAAACACAGGUGGGACGAAAAACAUAAGGAAAAAGAAAAAAGGAGUGAAAGUAGAAGUAGAAGCAGCAGUAGAAGUAGACGAAGAGGAAGAAAAAGUUUUCCAGCACCGAGGAAUUACUUUAUCCUUGAUAGAAACAUUUAAAGUGCCACUGAUAUGUAUUGCUUUUUUUCAUAUUCUGCAUAAUAUAUUUUUAAUUUUUGUUGCACUAUGUAUAGAAAAUUAUAUAUUAAUAAUAAAAGGGCAUAAGACACUAUCAUUACCAGUUAUACAAAGAUAUUCAAAUAUACUCUUUGGUUUCAUUGUAAUAUUAGUAAUUGGUUUAGAUCUUUUUUUUGAUGCUAUGUUAACCUUCUGCGAUUAUAGAUGGAAAAUAAAUAUGGAGAUAACGAUAAUGUAUUUUUUAUACAAAAUUAAUCUUGGUAGAUAUACGAACUCUAUUACUAAUUCGUUAUUUCGUUAUAGCAUUGACAGUGAUAACCAUAUAGACUACAAACCUAAUGCAAGUCGUCGUAGUUUGGACAAAAAAGAUGUAUACAUUAAGGACCAGAUAGCCACUAGUGAGUACAUAUCUCGCGUAGAAUACGGUGGUGUCGAUAUAUGCAGUUCAAAAUUUAGCAAACAGGUUGAACAUAAAAAUGUAAGAGAAAAAGAUGCAGAAGCAGAAGCAGAAGCAGAAGCAGGUAUAGCAACAGGAGAGCAUGCCAUUUUUGCAGAAGAUGAUGCAAAGGAAAAAGGAGAAGACGACUACACGAUAGAAAUUAAAAGGGGUGAUACAUAUAAUAAAUACGCCUAUAGUGUUAGCGAGAGCAAUUUUUCCAGACAAGCACGAACCGACGAAGUGAGUGACGCAAGUGAGAAGAAAAGAGGUAGUAAUUUUGAUAUUACUUUAAAUGUUUAUAGUGGAAGUGAAGAUGAAAGUGCCAAGUUUGAAAAGGAAUAUAAACAAUACUUGUCAUAUAGGGAAAGAAGCUCAAGUAAUAAUAUAAAUAGUAAUAAUUGUAUUGAAAAUGGGAAUAGUAGAUACUUAAAUAGAGAUAAUAUGAACUCAAACAAGAGAAAUAGUAACAAGGAUUGGUCAGAGGAAGAUAGUGGACAUAUUACUACUGAGUAUGAUUACAGAAAAGAAGCGGAUGAAUCAUUGGAAGAAGAGAAAAAUGAAAAUGAUGCAUGUGAUAUAAAUAUUUACAAUAUAAUGUUUGUGGAUACGCCUUUUUUAAUAUACUAUGUAAGCUCUGCAGUAGAUGUAACAAACAUGUUAAUUAAGUUUUCUAUAUCCUUUUAUAUGUUUUAUCAUCGAAUGGGUGGUGAAUCAGUGAUACAUGGCAUUCUUUUAAUAGUGUUUUUGUAUAGUUUAAUGUUUAUCUUUCAAUUUUCAUCUAGUUUAUUUAAACGAAAAUAUUUGAAAUAUAGAGAUAUGCGAAUCAGUAACAUGCAUCAUGUUUUGAAAGAAUAUAAAUUAAUGAAAAUUUUCAAUUGGGAAUCUAUUGCUUUUGAUUAUAUUAACUAUUACAGAAUAAAAGAGAUGAAGUUUUGCAAAAUUCGAGUUUACCUGAACUCGUUAAGUAAUUACAUUAAUACCGUUUCUUUUAAUGCUGUUGAAGUAGCUAUAUUUUUUUUUUUUAUAAGAGGUGAAUUAAACAGUAGUAAACCAAUUAAUGUUAGUUCUAUAAUUACUCCUCUUUUUCUUUAUAAAUCCUUGAUUUCUGGUAUGUCUAACAUGCCUACUAUAAUUAAUAAUUUACUGGAAGGAUCCAUAAACAUUGGGCGUAUAAAUAGGUACAUUCAUCAUUAUAUGCAUGCGGGCGAGGUUUUGCACUAUUCGAAGUGUCCCUUGAACAGAGGUAGCGGUAGCAGUAACUACCACAGUGACAACCGUAACAAUGCUGAGAACACAAUUAGCAGCUACAAUUUGUUUGUUCAGAAUUUUUCAAAAAAUGGGAAAGGGAAAAAUUAUGAACAGUUCAGGAAAAAUAUGAACAUGCAAUAUAAAAAAAAAAAUUUAACAAAUUUUUUAAAAUUUCUAUUUUUCCCAGAAAGGCAGAAAACUGUGGGUCCCCUGGUGCAAGAUGAAGAAGCGAUAAUUAGUUCAAAGCACAGUAGUUACGGUUUGAUCCCGAAUGCUCAUUGUUUAAGUAAAAACGCAUCGAUAACCUAUUUAGAAAGGAACCAUCGGGGUAGCACAGGAAAUGGGGAAAAGAAAUACAGUAAUGAAAGGAUUAGAAGUGAACACGAGGGGAAAGUACACGGAGGAGAAUCGGCAGGAACAUCAGCAGAAGAAACAGACAGCAGUAUCAUUAUAAAACUUCAGAAUUGCAGCUUUGAUCCGAGUAGAAUAAGCCGCAACAUGGGAAAGAGUAACUCGUUGAAAAACAUAAAUCUAACAUUAAAAAACAAUACAAUAGCAAUAAUUAUAGGUAAUGUUGGUUCAGGUAAAACAUUAUUUUUUAAUUCAAUUUUAGGAAAAUUUAAGAUUUCAGAAGGAGGUUAUUAUGUGAAAAAUUUUUUAUAUGAUAUGCCAGUUUUGUAUGUACCACAAUUUCAUUGGGUAUCAGUAGGGACAGUAAGAUCGAUGAUUACAUUUGGUAAUAGGUACAUACCAUCUAUUUAUUAUAAAACAGUAGUACAGAGUAAGUUGUUACAUGAUAUACUUUCAUUUAAGAAGAAAGAUAUGAGAUAUGUCAAUGAUGAACAUAGUUUAAGUAAAGGACAGAAGGCAAGAAUAUGUUUAGCAAGGGCUUUGUAUCAUCAUUAUAUACAUAUGAAUGAUUUAUUUAUUGAACAUGAAAAGAGGAAAAGUUAUGAUCGAAAAUUACAACGGAACAAAGUAAAUUUUGAAAAGGAUCAUUCUAAACUUAAUUCAAUACAUGUCGAUGAUGGAACUACAGAGCGGAUAGAUGCAUUUAAUACUACCAGUAAUAUAUAUCAUACCGAUAACACAAAUAAUAAAGAGAAUAAUGAAUGCAGGGAAAAACAUCAUGAUACAGAUUUAUCAACAAAUUAUAGCUGCAAUACUACAAACGGAACUCUCAACAAUAAUGGUAUAUACGGAGGUGCGCAAAAUUUUGAUUGCACCGUUCAAACUGGAAAAGAUAAGAGUAAAAAGGAAAAUUUUGCUAAUGGAGAAAAGGAAGAAGAGGAGGGGAAUGGGGAGGAAAUCCCCAUUUUUGUUGAUGAAUCUGUGGGCACCUGUUUAAAGGAGCAUAACAUGUCCUAUCUGUACUUAUUUGAUGAUGUUUUUAGUGCCUUAGAUCCGUGUAAUGCGAAAGACAUAUUUUAUAAUUUAUUUUGUGAUAAGAAGGAAAUAGAACAUUUUAAGAAAAACUGCGGUUUUUUAUUAACAAUGAACGAAAAUAUAUGGAAUAGUUUUUUAAUAGAUGACAUCAUUAGUGAUCUUCAAUAUAAAGUUGAUGUGUACAAAUUAGGGAACAAUUCAUUACAAUAUUUGGGGGACGUGUUUGAUUAUAUGAAAAAAAAUGAUAUAAAAAUUGAAAAAGACCUGAACAGUUCAGAAGGGGAAAAAAUUUCGAAAAAGAAAAAAAAGCUCGAAAAAAAAAAAAAAAAAGAAGUUUUGUUAAAAGACAUGGAUUUUUUAUUUAAUGAAAAAGAAGCAAAUGCAAAGGGAAAGCUGAUUAUAAGCAAAAGUAAUGUGAAAUAUAAAAAAUUUAUGGUAUUAAAACAGUUUAAGACGAUUUAUUCAUUUAAAAUUGAGCCAACAAACAGCGAUUUGGGAAAUUACACGAGGGGAUACUCGACCAUUUCACAGAAUUACAUAGAUAACGAAUUGGAGUUAAAAAAAGUGGGCAACCCAGUUAGUAGUAACCUUAGUAAGAAGAAUAGUAUGAUUAAUAAUUAUACGGAAAUUUUAGUGAAGAAAGAAACAGAUUUUAAUAAAUCAUUUGAUAAGAAUGAAGAGAUAUAUGAACAUGAAUUUAAAAAUGUGUGCACAUUUCUACAGGCACAAUUAAAAAAUUAUUAUUACAUAUAUGAUGAGAAUAAUAUUGACAGGAAUGAAAAUGAAGAUGAAGGACGAUUCAAGGGAAACAUAAAAUUAGAUACAUUUACAUGGUAUUUUAACAAAUUAGGAAAAUCAUUAAUAAUAGUAAUUAUUGUUUUUAUGUUUUUAUCAAUAUUUUUGGAUGAGAUAAAAAAUGUAUUACUGUUUUUAGCUAGUACCUUGUUGAGAAGUGGAGAUGAAAACGAUGCAGAAAUAUUAAAACAACAAUUUAUGUAUUUGAAAUAUUUUGCAUUAUUACCAUCCGUAUCUUUAGUAACAACAUUAACUUCUUUUAUGUUAAUAGCACAUGGUAUUGUAUCAUCAGCUAAAAAAGUUCAUACAGAAGUGUUAUAUAGUAUUUUAUAUGCACCAAUACAUGCAUUUUAUAAUAACAAUUUAGGAAAUAUAAUAAAUAGAUUUAUUACAGAUAUUAAUGUAUUAGAUAAUGGAAUAAUUAAAAGAUUUUAUAAAACUUGUUAUACCUUUUUUCGUUUUUUGUUUACUGUAUGUUUGUUAAAUUAUUUAGUUAAACAUACUGUUUUUGUUUUUCCCUUUGUCAUGUUAAUAAUUUAUUAUUAUGUUUUCAAAAAAUAUUCAAGUGGUUGUAAAGAAGCGCAGAGAGGGUAUUUAUGUUCACAUUCACCUCUUUGUACUAUUUAUAGUAAUACCUUACUAGGUAAAGAUAUAAUCAAUAUAUAUAAAAAAAAUAGCUAUUUCUUAAAAUCAUAUGAAGACCGCAUAUAUGCCUUUAGGAAUUUCUGUUUAUUUAAAUGGUCUCUUACUAUUUGGGCAUCUCUAUACGUUCAACUGAUUGUAUUACUUUUGACCUCCUUUUAUAUUGUAUACCCAUAUUUGUUUUUUUCACUUGCUACUAAUAAUAAUUUUAGCAAUGGAAUGGAUACUGUCAUGAUGAACGCUGAUAGUACCCAGAACAGUACCAUGUUAAAUGAUAAUAUGAUGAAUAACAGCACGAUGAAUAGCAGUACAAUGAACAGUAGCACCAUGAGUAGUAAUAUGUCAAAUGAAAAGAACGCGAGUACCAUUGGUUACUGUAUCACCUUUUCAUGCAGUCUUGGUUUUAUAAUAAAGGGAUUAAUAUAUGAUUAUACCCAUGUUGAAAAGGAAAUGUGUAGUACACAGAGAUUAGAAGAAUGCUCUAAAAUGAUUAAGGAAAAGGUUUUCUUCGAUGAUAAGGACCAUGAGGUAGAAGCAAAUUUUAGUAACUCUAUUACAACGACAAAGGGUAGUAGCAGUAGUAGUAGCAGUGGUGGUGGUAGUGGCGGUAAAAUCCAAGUGAAUGGAAAGAAACAAAGGAAUAGUAGUAGCUGUAGUGGAAAAGUAAACGACUCCUCUGUGUCUACAAGAGAAUUGUCGUCAAUUUCUCCUAAUGAAGAGACGACGAUGGUUUCUUAUAUAGUUACUGAAGACGAGUCUAAAAAGAAAUACGGAAUUCAUUUUGAAAAUGUUUUUGUAAGUUACAAAAAAAAAAUUUAUAUUGACAGAACGAGGAAUAUGUACUACUAUGCUGAUGAAAAGUCUUGUUUACGAAAUAUUAAUAUAUAUGCUCUUAAGUAUCAAAAAAUAGGAAUAGUAGGUAAAUCAGGUGCAGGUAAAAGUACAACCAUUUUAUCUAUCCUAGGUUUAAUACCAACAACUAGAGGAAAUAUAACAAUUGAAGGAAGAAAUAUAAGAUCCUUUAGCUUAGAAGAAAGGAAAAACAUUAUUGGUGUGUUACCUCAAUCAUCCUUUUUCUUUUUACAUUGGAAUAUAAGGACGUUUAUUGAUCCUUAUCAGAAUUUUUCGGAUGACGAUAUUGUAGAUGCUUUUAAAUUAAUAGGAAUAAACUUGACAUACAAUGACUUGGAUAAGUAUAUACAUAAACAGAAAAAGAAGAAAAAAGGAGAAACACCGGCAGAAGGAAAAAAAACAAAUGUAAUUAAUGAACUAAAAAAUAAAAAAGUGAACACAAAAAUGAACAUGAAGAUGAAAAUGAUGAAUAUGAUAAAGAUGAAUAUCAAGAAAAAAAAUAAAGAUCAAAAUAUUGCCAAUCCAGAUAACUUCAUUUCCUUAUCAGAUGAUUGUAUACGUUACUUAUCCUUAGUUCGAAUUUUCCUAAACAGGCACAAGUACAAAUUAGUGUUAAUUGAUGAAAUGCCUGUUUUAAAUUUAUGUUUAGAUAAUAAUAAAUUGAAUAACUUUUUCUCAAGUGAUAUUAAAUCAUUUGAGUAUAUCAUCAAAAAUUAUUUUAAAAAUAUUACCGUCUUAAUUAUUGCUCAUGAUGCUAGUACCCUGUCGUGUUGUGAUUUUAUAUACGUUAUAUCCAAGGGGGAAGUCGUCUAUAAAUGCAGUUGUACUGAUGUUAAGACGCAAGGGGAGUUGGCGGAAAUUAUUCAGCAGCAGGCAUAG